AUGAAACCACGCUGGGGAUAUACCCGCCUGGAGAAAAAAAUGAAUAAAUGGCGGCGUGGGAAAAGUCCGAAAGAAAUGGACACGCGCCUGCAGGAGGGAGGCUGCUGGGCGGGAGGAGACGGAGAAGGACCUGAUCUCGGGUCGGUGGACGCCUUGUCCUCUGUGUUCGCCAGGCUGCGCCGCUCUCACGCUGAACACAGUCAGGCUUGUGAUACCCUGGAAGGCUUGAUCGCACAAGAGAACAGAGAGCAACAGGAGAUAAAAGCAGAGAUAGAACGCACAAGAAAGCGACUGCAAGCAGCGGCGACGAGAGAUUCCCACCAUGGAGCCGUGGUAGCGAACCUUACAUCGAGUGUGGCGGUGAUGCGAGGACAGAUUCGGGUCGCAGAGACGGAGAAAACUCGCCUGCAGGAGGAACACGGACGCGCUGGUGCAGAGGCUGGACUUACUGCAUCGAUCAUACCUCGCGCGGUUCGACCAGAUCAGGGCUGCAUCCUUACUGCAUAUGAACGUGUGCAAUUGUUAACUUCAACCCGAUACGCUGGACGUCUAGUGGACAAUGCCCAGCUGGAGUACAGGGUUAAGAUAGACCAGCUGGGGGAAAGGAAGAGUGCGGCUGCUUCCAGAGUAACCAAGUUGGAAAAGAAAAACAAACAGCAAGCACUUGAAGACUGGAAGAAGUUUCAGGACACUAUCGUGAUGCUCCUCAAGACACGGAAGAAACUGGGCGAAGAAUGGGAAAAGAAGCGGCAGCAGGAGACCCGAAUCAGGUCACUAAGAGAAGCAAUCCAGAAGAAGGAAUUAGAGCUGGCAGCAAGGAAGGAAAGAGAGGCCGCCCUAGAGAGACAAAAAGCCACAGCUCGGACGAAGCCAGAACAGCCUCCGCCACGCUCGCUGAGGUGGCUUUUAUCCUUGCAAAAAGUAUCGCAGAAACCGGAGAUGAAUUCGACAGAGCAGACUACGGGCAAGAUCAGACGUGACACACCUCGUCCCAACCGCUUUGAUACUGGCCUCGACCUGCUGAAGGCGUCUAAGCUCAGGAAGAAGAGCCAUAUCACCAGCUCAUCUGGAGGCUCCAGAAGCGAGGACACUCCGCAUGCUCAAAGUGCCUCUGCAGAGUCCCCAGUUGGAGAUCGUGUGACCUCCCAGCCCGGCCCCAGCCCGGCGCCCGCUCGAUCAUCACUCAACUUAGGUCAGAGCCCCAUACUGGUUAGCAGUCAGGCCAGUUUCCCUGUUGCAGCCAAGGAUUCUAGAUGUGGAGCCUCUGCCCAAAGCCCUGCUCCCUCAGUACCCACUUUGGUGCUCAGCUCCAAGGCGGGGCAGGGCCAGCUUCCCACGGGUCCUAGUCCUGGAGAUGGCACCCCUAGCCGCCCCAGUACAUCCUAUAACCAAGACUCCAACAUCUCUCUGGGGGAACACAGGUUGGUGGCAAGCUCUUCCCAUCAGGGUUCUUCUUUUGAGUUCUCGGGACACUUAGCAGACGUGUCUAACACCUCGGAGUCAACCCAGGACCAGAAUUCUUAUGGUAGAAGCCUCUUGUUUGCCGACACUCCAUCACCUUCCAUUUCAUCCGGCUUUGGGCCCCGGAACUCAUCUGGUUCCAGUUUACCUACAUCAUCUUCAAACUUUGUGAACGAGUUGUCGUCCAUCACAGAGACCGAAGAGUCAAUGGAUGAAAAGAACCAAAGUGGGAGUUCGGAAGACGUCUGGUAUACACCUCCGUCACCCUCGCAGCUGCCUAGCAAAGACGCCCGUCAGGCCUAUGUCUCGUCACUCCUCAGCGGCCCAGAGUUUACCUUUAAGGCAGCGCCAACUCCUAAGAUUUUCUCAAAGAGAGUGGGACCAUCUGAAUCAUUUAGGCAGUCAGACAUAUCACAGAACAAGAUAUCUUCAACUACGACCAAGAACCAUAGUCGGCAGCAUCUUGGAGGUUCAGAUCAAGCACAGGAAUGGGCACCAGGCCAGCAGCUGAAGUCUACAAUAGGACAGCUAGAAAUGGAAUUAGAAUCUGGAGUGGGGGAAAGCCCGAAAUGCCAAUCCAACACCAUUCGAACAUCGACACCAGGAAAGACACCGAUAUCUCAGAUAGAUUAUUCAGCACAUACUGCGAUGGUUGUUGGGGAAGAUACUACUACAUCUGAGUGUACAGAACUAAACAAAGCUGGUUUCAUGGAAGACAUGGAGGUGGAAACUGAGGAAGCAUCAGACCAAAUGAUGAACAGCUCUCAAUUGCAGUCUUCACAGGGCUUUAUCGUGGAAGCGGAUGGAGAAGUUGAUGACACUAGGACACACGGCACUGACCUGGCUGAUAAGUCUUCGAUUGGGUGUGUGGAAGUUCCGCAAGGUGCUUUAACAGAUAGCAGAGUCGCCUCGGCCUUAACAACUGCUCCUCCAAGCAGCACCCCUCCAUCAAACAUCACUCCCGCUUUCACACAUUCGACUCCUUCUAGCACUACAGAGGUCCAUAAAGACCUUUUUACAUCUUCCCUGUGCGUCGAUAUGCCGUCGAGCAGCGACAGUUCGACAGCAGACUCAGCCCUCUCAACACCAUACUCAGUGAAAACGCCGGUUUCCUACGCACAAUCGAUGCCCACGAGUCCUGUUCAGAAUGAGUCUCGCACAGCAAUGGAUGGAAUUGGACGACAAGAGGAGUCCGGAUCUUCCAGUCCCGUUCCUAAGUUACCAGUCAAGAGGAAUAUUUUCUACAGUUCCCCUGUGCCCCUUUCGGAGGCCGGGACCCACAUCCCCGUCCCAAGCAGCAGCAAUUCCCCAACCAUCUCCUGGACCCCUCACUCAUCCUCGCCGUUCUUCGCGAGCGAGAGUUUGCAGACGUCCGUAGUCCAGUCUCAGGUUACCUCGAGGAGGCCGGAGAAGCCUCCCUCGCCAGGAAGUCCCUUUGGCUUCAUGUUAGGGGGACGUUCGGAUGCUGGCAGAGUGGCGGCCGGAGCUCUUAGUCUCUUUGGCUCGCCAGAGAACACAGAUGGUCUUGACACCAGCCAGCAAAGUUCCGGUGUUAAUUUCUCACUGUUCGGCGACUCCCAGCCAUCUCAAGAAAGGGACAGUGGAGGAGGCUUCUUCAACUUCAGCUUCAGCGGGACACAGGGUUCUCCCAGCACCAACUUCUCUCCCGGCAACUUCCUCUCCUCGCUCUUCGAUGGCUCCUCCUCCUCCUCCUCCUCUCGGAGUUCUGAGAGGGAGGGCGGCGGGGCAGGAUUCAAGCUUUUCUGAGUGAAGAGAUUUCUGCAAGAUGGUGUUGAUGUGGUAGGAGCGGCUUUGUUAGGCUUUGGAAAUAGGAAGUUUUAUUUCUUUUUCUCUAUUUCUAGUUUCGGAAAAAAAUAUUUUGUACUUACUGAAUAUCGAAGAAUUCGAUUUUUUUGUUGCCAAUAUAUUAAGGAAUGAAAUUUCAGUCAUGUGAAUAAAUGUGCUAAAAACGUAUCUGAAGGAAUUAAACUGACGAACACAGUUACCCCUUUAAAAGAAAUGGAGUCUUUGAUUGAAGAAAAGUUUCGAGAAUAUGUUUUAUUUUUUUUAGUUUAGUUUAGUCAUUAUUAUUUCCUCUGGCAUAAUAGAAAGUUAGGGUUGCCAUUUAUUGUUAUUAUUUACAUUUACCUCAAGUAGAUAUUUUUAAAAAAAUCAUCUAACUUCCCUGCAAAAGGUUAAAAGAAAGUGAAAGUUCUUACAUUUAGAUUUACUUCAACAUGCAUUAUUUUGAAUAACGGCUUUAGAUUACAAAAGUUUAUUUCCUAGCUUUCUAAACGAGGUGGCUAAAGGCAGUUUCGUAUAUAGAGAAAACUAAUGAUUAACGCACAGGUUAUGGUUUCUUGCAUUUUAUUUUGUAGUAUCAGAGUGGAAGCAGUUUAUCAUAUAAAUUCAGUAAGAAUCUAAUUACGAUUAAGUAUUUGUCAUGAUUUUUUUUCUUACUUUUUAUUUUUUUUCUAGCAUCUUGCCGUAUAACUUUUCUAUAGAUUUAUAGCCAUGAUGAUGACAAGUAAAUUAGAAUAUAAUUCAGCCUAAAAUAAAGAGUAUAAAUUCCUAUGC